AUGCCCAGAGUCAAUAUCGGUCCGUUCCAUUUGAACAGGGAUGACACCACCAAACUGGCGAACAAGCCCUUUCGGAGGAAUAUUGAUGCAUUUCUGGAAGCCCAGGCGCUAGAUACCAACUUGGAAAAGGCCCUGAAAGCUGAAAUUGAGGCGAUCUCCGGCACUUGCUGUCAAGGCUGUCUAGUGGGUAACAGAAAGUUGAACUCGAACAUUAGGUGUGUUCAGCGAUUUGUGUGGAAAUCGCCUAUCGUGCAUCUCGACGCCUUCACGCAAUUAUCUCAUGGAGUGAAAUUGUCGAAUGUGAACCCCCAGACGACACGUACAACACGGUGUCUUCUCAACCAGCAACACUGUAAUCCUGAAAGGAGCAUCCCUGUGGCUGCAACCGAGACGACUACCGGAGCUUUGGUGCUUUUGGCUUGA